AUGUCUACCAUUUUUCUUAUUGCUUUCCUUCUGUCCACUACGAAUUAUUUCUUGAAAGGGCGCAUUGGAGAUGAUAUGUGCCGUUCAAAGGUUGACUGUAAUAGUGCAGUUUUUCAUAGCACGUGUGAGGCUGGAGUGUGCGUUUGUCUACCGGGAUUCUUUCCGAGCGACGAUCUGACACAAUGUAUCCAACGUAAGAUUGGCUCACGAUGUUCGAGCGGUUACGAGUGCCUAGAAGCCAUUGAGCACAGUCAAUGUAUCGAGGGAAAAUGUCGAUGUGUACCCACUCACUAUUCAUCCAGAGAAAGUGAUAAAUGUAAGCCUCGCAAAAUAGGCGAUCUCUGCUUGAGACAUGAAGAGUGUAUGUUGGUGAGCCAUAGCCAUUGUCCACAGUUACGCUGCACUUGUCUUCGGGGUUACACGCACAACGACGAGCGUACCAUCUGCAGACGCCUCACAAUCACAGACCUUUGUAGCAACCACGAGGAUUGUUCAGCAUCUGUACCAAACUCCCAAUGUUUUGAUGGGAAUUGUGCAUGCAUCACUGGCUAUAGAGAAUCACCAGACUUGUUCCAGUGUGAAAAACUCUACAUCGGAGCAACUUGUUUAAUUAAUGAAGAGUGUGCUGCUGCAAUUCAGAAUAGCAAUUGUUCUUCUGGGGUAUGUAGUUGCAACUCAGGUUAUAAUGCCGAAGCAAGCAGCAGCCUUUGUAUUAAAAGGCGUAUCGGAGACGCGACUUGUAAGUUGCCUACAGACUGCUCUGACGCUGUCAAUGGCAGUCUGUGUGUCGAGGGAAUUUGUCAGUGUAAGUCUGGUUUUCGCGUAGUUGACCAAAACCGUCGCUGUCGCAAACGUGCGAUCGGAGAUAGAUGCAUGAUUGAUGUCGACUGCUCUGACUCCAUAACAGACAGCUGGUGUGAUAGCAGGAUGUGUGCGUGUAGGGCUGGGUACCAACCUCAAGAAUCAGGUACACGUUGCAUUAGGAGAAAGAUAUACGACUGGACAUGUGCUGUCGAUCAUGAUUGCAGUGAGGCUGUCCAUCACAGCAACUGUACGAGAGGACAAUGCCAGUGUAUUUCGGGAUAUCACCCGUCGAACGAUCUCACGAAAUGCCGUAAAAGAAAACUAGGAGACGAAAACUGUAAUGUGAACACUGACUGUACUGACGCCGUCGGCAACAGCACGUGCAUCUCCGGUACGUGUGUGUGUCUCUCUGGAUUUCGUGCUAAUGAUAACCUCACCGGAUGUAUCCUGAGGAUGGUUGGAGAUUCUUGCGAUCAGACCUCAGACUGCGUGAACGCAGUUGACCACAGCGAUUGCAUUAAUAGUGUUUGUAAAUGUCUUCCCGGGUACAGAUCUUCUGAUGACCAAACAAACUGCAUUUUGAGGAUUAUUGGUGAUUCAUGCGAAACGAAUCGAGACUGCACUGAAGCUGUUCUGAAGAGCGAAUGUAUCAAAGGUGUUUGUCAAUGCCAAGGGGGCCGCAUGCCACACCUGGCUAUGAUGGCUUGUCGUCUGAGAAAAAUGUAUGAUCCUUGUCAACGAUUGAAGGAUUGUCGUUUAGCUGUUCCAAACUCCGAGUGCCGCCAGGGUUUUUGUAAAUGUGAUAUUGGCUACCAAGUGUCACAAGAUAAUUCCACCUGUACUGCACGUCGUAUUGGAGAUCGUACAUGCACAGUGGACCGCGACUGCACAGAGUCCGUUGCAAAUAGUAAUUGCACAGAAGGUGUUUGUAUGUGUAACACUGGUUUUAAAACAGAAAUGAAUGCAACAAAAUGUACCAAGAGGUUAAUUGGAGACAGUUGCACAUUGGUUACAGAUUGCAGUGAUGCAUUGCCCCAUGCCAACUGUUCAAUGGAGGUGUGUACAUGUCUAUCAGGGUUCCAAGUCACAAAUGACGGCGGAAAGUGUACAAAACGUCGCAUUGGGGAUUCGACUUGUCAGACCAACUCUGACUGCAGUGACGCUGUAUCAAACAGUGAAUGUUUGGACGGAACCUGCACAUGCUAUGCCGGCUUCCAUCCCAACCAAUCUGGGACCAAAUGUCUCCGUCGGAAACUGGGCGAUCGCACUUGUGUGACGGAUCUUGAUUGCAGUGCGGCCGUGCCUCGUAGUGAAUGUCGGAAUAAUACGUGUUUAUGCCUGGAAGGCUACCACGGUGCUGAUAACAAAAGCAAAUGCACAUUGAGACGAAUCUACGACGAGACUUGCCAGAAAGACGCCGAUUGCAGCGCAGCCGUUGAUAACAGCAAUUGUACGAACGGUGUCUGUUUAUGCAAUCUUGGAUUCCAGGCAAGAUCCGACAAUUCUUCAUGUACGCUUCGCAAGAUUGGUGACACUUGCCAUGAAGACCCCGACUGUUUCAGUGCAGUUGCAAACAGUAGCUGUCAAUUUCAUUUGUGCGCAUGCGCAUCGGGCUUUUAUGCACAAAAUGCUGGUACUUGUCUAUUGCGGAAGAUCUUUGAUGCUACAUGCGUGAAACACAAAGAUUGCGAAGAUGCCGUUACCAACAGCAACUGUACCAAUGGAAUAUGCCUAUGUAAUUCAGGAUUUCAUCCAGGAAAGACACGUACAACAUGCACAAAACGUAAAAUUGGAGACAGCACAUGUUUAUUAGAUUCAGACUGUAAUGAUGCUGUCAACCAAAGUGUAUGCUCCUCCGGAAUAUGUGCUUGCCGGAGCGGAUACGAUGCGACGUUAAAUGCAUCUGUCUGUGUUCUACGACCGACACUGUUGGGGGUCGAUUCUUGUAUCUACACCAGCCAAUGUCGACGCUUGGACCGCAUCAGCAGCUGUAGCCGUGCUGAAUACUCGACGAGUUCAAAUUUGUUCUGUCUUUGUCCGAAGGGAUAUUUUAUCAGCCUAGACCAGCGACAUUGCAUCAUCUUCCCUUCUGGGCUGAGUGACCGUUGCUCCAACACUUCCCAAUGUAGCAAUGUCGUUAAACACAGUAUCUGCAAACGGCCAGAAUUCAAGUGCUUUUGUCCAGAUAGUCACUUUCCAGCUUUAAAAUCCACAGAAUGCAUACCCUAUCCUACGCGAAUUGGUGAUACAUGCGAAGAGACAAUGCACUGUCAAGUGAAUUUAAAUAACUCCGUCUGUGUCAGUAACCGGACUUGUGUAUGCACAGGAGAAUUUCAGAGCGGGCCACAUCCAAACAGAUGCGUCAAUAGACCGAAACUGGAACAGUAUACGGAACCAUCUUCUUACAUACAAAAACGAUGCAGAACCUAUGAUGUUAACAGAUGCGGACAGAAUGCCCACUGUGAUAAAGUACGUCGUAUUAAAGGAUUGUGUCGAUGCAAUGCAGGAUACUCGUCAACAUUCAACUCAUCACUCGAAUGCAAAGAAGCUCGUACUUAUCUGAUUCGACUGAACUUAAUGGAAAAAGUCGGUAUCUAUGAUUAUGUGCCGAUCACUUUUGCUGAAGAUUACAAAAAAAUGGAAUCGCGGAUUACGCACAGUGGGAUUGAUGUGGUGUUUGAUUCACUGAAAAAGUUUGGUUAUUUAAGCAACGAGCUGUUUAACAUAACCUUAUUGACCCCAGAAGCUGGCAUCAAAACAGAAGUCUUAGUUUACCUAUUAGAAAAAUCCAAUUUGACUGCAGAGGACAUCAUCGCAAAACUGGUGACAUUUCUUAACAGAACAGAUGGGGAAGUUGGCGAUAGUAAAUUACGCGUUGGAUUUCCAAUAAAUGAGAAUGUAUUUAUUGAAGAUAUCAAUGAAUGCGAUUACAGCCAUCUUCAUGACUGUUCUCCAAAGGCUUGGUGUAUUAAUUAUCCAGGUAGUUACAUGUGUUCCUGCAAAAGUCAGUAUGACGACAGAUCUCCACAACUGUUCAAACGACCAGGAAUCAUUUGUGAAGUUCCCAAAAUUCAAGAUGAAAAACAAGAAUCGUGUUCAGAUGGAGAAUGUAACACAAGUUGGGGAUACCAGCAUAGUAUCUUUCUCUUCUCUCUCUCUCUCUCUCUCUCUCUCUCUCUCUCUCUCUCUCUCUCUCUCUCUCUCUCUCUCUCGUUGUAA